AUGCCCAUGCGUAAAAUUGACGGCGACGAGUUCGUUCGCCGAGCCCCAUUGCGCGACGCGAGCUUUGAUCGACAAGCUCCGCUACGCAACAACAGUCUCACGCAGAUGCUGCAGCAAGGUCGUAGACUGCAAGAAGAAAGACAGAAUCAGGAAAAGGAAGAGACCCCGUCUAGAGGCGGCAGCGUCUCGUUCGAAGUUGACUACGGCUACGAUGUUGAUGUGGUGGAACCGCGAACCAAGAAGCGACGGUUUGAACGGCGAAACUCAAAAACACCUGCAAUGCUUCUCGCUAUGAGUACAGCUGCCUCUGCUUUGCCUCAGCUCGACUUUCUCGAUGAAGACAAUGACGACCUAAACGAAGCGAGCAAGCCCCAGUUCUCGUACGUUGAUGAUGACGAUGACGAAAGCACGUGGGGUGGUGGCCUCGACAUCGCCGAGCAGUUGGUAUCCCAGCUCAAGCAGCGUCGAAGCCGCAUGCGCCUUUGA